CAAGAUGGCGUCGCCCUGCUGGCUGUGGCUGCUCGCUGUCGCUCUCCUGCCCUCGUCCUGUGGCGCCCCUGCGUUGGAGCAUCUCGGCGCGCCGGCGCCGGUGCCGCUGGUGAUCUGGCAUGGGAUGGGAGACAGCUGUUGUAAUCCCAUAAGCAUGGGUAUCAUCAAGAAAAUGGUUGAGAAGAAAAUACCUGGAAUUUAUGUCUUGUCUUUAGAGAUUGGAAAGACCAUGGUAGAGGACGUGGAGAACAGCUUCUUCUUGAAUGUCAAUACCCAAGUAUCAACAGUGUGUCAGAUUCUUGCUAAAGAUCCUAAAUUACAGCAAGGCUACAAUGCUAUGGGAUUCUCUCAGGGAGGCCAGUUUCUGAGGGCUGUGGCUCAGAGAUGCCCUUCACCUCCCAUGGUCAACCUGAUCUCAGUUGGGGGACAACAUCAAGGUGUCUAUGGACUCCCUCGAUGUCCAGGAGAGAGCUCUCACAUCUGUGACUUCAUCAGAAAAACACUGAAUGCUGGUGCUUACUCUAAAGUUGUUCAGGAACGCCUGGUGCAAGCAGAAUACUGGCAUGACCCCAUAAAGGAGGACGUGUACCGCAACCAUAGCAUCUUCUUGGCAGAUAUAAAUCAGGAGAGGUAUGUCAAUGUAUCCUACAAGAAAAAUCUGAUGGCCCUUAAGAAGUUUGUGAUGGUGAAAUUCCUCAAUGAUUCAGUUGUGGACCCUGUAGAGUCUGAGUGGUUUGGAUUUUACAGAAGUGGCCAAGCCAAGGAAAUCAUUCCUCUACAGAAGACGGCUCUGUACACACAGGACCUUCUGGGGCUAAAGCAAAUGGACAAAGCAGGACGGCUAGUGUUUCUGGCUGUAGAAGGGGACCAUCUUCAAUUCUCUGAAGAAUGGUUUAAUGUCAACAUCAUCCCCUUUCUUAAAUGAAGCACUUGCAGUUUACAACAGAGCUUGGGAACCCCUAGCUCUUCCAAACGAAGUAGAAGAUAGUUUUCUUCAUGCCGGACCGAGCUAUGAUCCAAUAUGCAACUAAUCCUUCUCUCCUGUUAUCAUCUAACAUGCCCUACUUGGAAAGAUCUAAGAUCUGAAUCUUAUCCUUUGCUGCCUCCUAUCACCAUAUGGUGUUGAAUUCAAGUUUAAUUAGCUAAUAACCAGGAGAUUGUUUUACAACCUUGUGAUGUGGUCAAACUCAAGUCUUAGGAAAUGUCCAGGCCCAGAGGAGACUGAUCUAAAGCAGCAAAUAGAUUGAGGACCAUACCUAGUCACAUUUCAAGCAAACCUAUGUCAAGCAAAUCUAGGCUUAAGGCACUCACAUAAAUUCUGUGUUGCUGGUGCAAAUAGUUUGAGAAAAUACUGCUUGGAGGGUGUUUUUGCAUCAUUUCUUAAGGUUGCUUUCCUCUCUGACUAUAUUACCUUCUUGUGGAACUUUAGCAAUUAUUAGAUUGCACCAGCCUACUAUCUUGCCUCUGUAGAAUUCCUUGUCUCCUCUGGUGAUGAAUUAAUUUGUCCUUUUCUGUCACAAAAUGAGGGAAGUAGCACCACACUAGGUUGCUCACGAAAGGUACAUCUUGGAUAACUUAGGGCAGUGGGGAUGGGGAGAAUAAUG